UAUAAAAGAAAAUAAAAAUUGAACUGAAAAACGAAUAAAUAUCAUUAGUUAAAAUGUCUAAGCGUCCAGAGCUUAUGGCACCGCCUGAAGUGUAUUAUGAUGAAAAAGAAGCUAAUAAAUAUACUUUAAGUUCUCGUAUGAUAGAAAUCCAAAUACACAUGUCUGAACGUGCUAUAGAACUUCUUUUGUUACCUGAAAAUCAGAGCUAUUUACUUUUGGAUAUCGGAUGUGGAUCAGGCCUUAGUGGUAGCGUAUUGGACAAUCAAGGACAUAUAUGGAUAGGUGUUGAUAUUUCUUUGGCUAUGCUUGAUGUAGCUAUUGAGAGAGAAAUAGAUGGUGAUUUGAUUCUGGGAGAUGUAGGUCAAGGGUUGCCAUUUAAAGCUGGUACAUUUGAUGGAGCUAUUAGUAUCUCUGCACUUCAAUGGUUAUGUUAUGCAAGCAAAGCUUCACAUAAUCCUACGAAACGUUUAUAUCAAUUCUUCUCAACAUUGUAUGCAUGUCUAUCAAGGAACGCAAGAGCAGUAUUACAAUUUUAUCCAGAGAAUAGUGAACAGAUUGAAUUAAUCACAGCACAAGCUACAAAAGCUGGCUUUUUUGGUGGUGUGGUCGUCGAUUUUCCAAAUAGCACAAAAGCAAAGAAAAUGUUUUUAGUUUUAAUGACUGGGGGAGCUGCUCCUCUUCCGAAGGCACUAGGAAUAGAUAAUGAAGAUAGACAAACUGUCGCUAAUUCUAAAAGGGAAUACAUAAAGAAAGCCAGAGGUAAACCACUGAAGAAAAGUAGGGAAUGGAUUCUAGAAAAGAAAGAAAGGCGACGACGGCAAGGAAAAGAAGUUAGAGAUAAUUCCAAAUAUACUGGACGAAAGAGAUCUGGUCGAUUUUAAGAUAUACUUCAUUACAUAUAACUUCAUUAACAUAAAACACUUUAAUAAUUUUGAAUUAUUAUAAAGUUCAUAAAAUU